AUGUCAAGUAGAAUAAAGAGACACGAGGUGGUCGUCCAGAAUGGGGUAAUAGGAGCGUUGCAGAAUGAACUAUUUUCGUCCGAGAGCAACUUUAGACUCACAGAAAUACUGCAUUAUAUAUCUACACAGAACCAAAGUGGGUUUUUGGUUAAAAUCAAAAGCAAUAAUGAUUUAUAUGAAAGGUAUAAAAACCAAAUACUGUAUACCAUUUUAUAUUAAUAUGAAUAACCUUCUAUUAGAAAACAUUUACCGCUUCUCCAACAGUGAAAUUUGUUUUUACAAUGAGUCUGAUCUGUCAGUAAAUCCAUAACCUGCUUUUCUGAUCUGAAAAUGUUACUUUUUUACACAGUGUGUGUUUCUUCACUUUGGACGAUGCAUCGACAACUAAGAGAUUUAUGAAGGCAAUAAACAGCUCGAAAGAAUCUCGUGGUUAUUUUUGCCAAUUAUUUGACGGAGAGUUGAAUAAAUACAUCAUGCGGAUGGCUGAUGAAUAUUUCCAAAGAAAUCCUGAAGCAAGGUAUAAACCGAGACUUGCUGCUGAAAACAAUGGUCGUCAAAGUGAUGGCAAAACGUGGGUAUUAAACGAGAACUGCCAAAUUGACGCAGACGGCGAUCAGUUGGAUGACACUGACAGCAGAUACAUAUGGAUGGGGGAGUACGUAUCUUCUAAAUCGAUCUACUUGUUAAAAAUCGUUGUACCCCUGAAAAAGAAGUCGUUUUCACAACUUUUAAAAAGGUUGAAGAACGCCGUUCCAG